AUGGCUUCCAAUGGUGUCUUCGCUGAAUUACUCCGUGCCUACAAACUUGAUGGAACAAACUACACGGUUUGGAAAAGGAAGAUUAUGUUCUUGCUUACGGCUGAGAAUAUAGAUUAUGUUUCUGAGACCGGGGCGCCUAAUGAGCCAGCAGAGGAUGCUACAGAUGAAGACAAACAGGAAUACAAUGAUGAACUGAAGCAAUGGACCAAGGACAACAAGACUGCCAGAGUUUAUAUUCUUGGCUCGAUGACUGAUUCGUUGGCUGCGGAAUAUGAGUCGGAUAAAACGGCCUGCGGAAUAAUGCUCAGGCUGGAACAAGAUUUUGGAGAAGUUUCCCUUGUGAAGGUGCUUAGCCUUGUGAAUAAAUUUCUGACAUCAAAGAUGGGUGAUAAAACAGUCAAUGAACACUUCAACAAGCUCUGUGUCUUGGCGGAAGAGUUAAAAACUGCUGGCUAUCCGUUCCAGGAGGAAGUCCAAGUCAUGGUUGUCCUGAACUCUUUACCACCAUCAUGGGAACAAUUCAAGAUUUCUUUUUGUCAUUCAGAGCGCACACUCAAUAUGAGGAACCUGAGGCAACACUUGCUGAUGGAGGAGGACCGCAGGCUCAACUCAGGAAAAGAUAAAGCUUUUUAUCAGCCAGAACUUCACCUUGGUGAGUACAAGAAUAGUGGGAAUCGGAGGAACUGGAAUAAGAAAGGAGGACCAGACCUAAGGGACAAGAUCAAUUACAAACGUGAUAGGGAUCAAAGAAACUACAGAGAUGACAGGAGGGACAGGGGGCAAAGCAACAACAACAACUCUUUUCACAAGAUUGACAAGAGGAACUACAAGUGCCAUAAUUGUGGUAAUACAGGCCACUUCAGGUCAGAAUGCACCAAGAAGAGGAAGCCGAAUAGCGAAAGGAAUAAUUUUCACAAGGAUGACAGCCGCAAGGGGAAUCAAUCCCCUGAAGCUACAGGGGUUUACUGA